ACAUUGGAAGUGUGGCGAGUGCCUUGUAAUACCAACUUGGUUCUGUCGACAUCUGCCUCUCGUUGUGAAGUUAGUGCCUAUCACUUCCUGCUGACUUUUUUAAAGCGUGCAAGCUGCACCUUGUAAAUAUUGAAUAAUGUCGUCCCACAACAGCGCAAAUGAUCCAAGAAGACCAAAUAAGAUACAUAGGUAUACACCUCCUUCAAGCACAGGGCCACUGGAAGAUCCCACUCCAGAAUACAUGAAUUUGCUGGGUAUGAUAUUUAGCAUGUUUGGACUUAUGAUGAAGGUGAAGUGGUGUGCGUGGGCAGCAGUUUAUUGUUCCUUCAUAAGUUUUGCAAAUUCCAGAGCUUCAGAAGAUGCCAAACAACUUUUGAGCAGUUUUAUGCUCUCCAUAUCAGCUGUAGUAAUGACUUACCUACAGAACCCUCAACCCAUGACACCACCAUGGUGACAGGAAAAAUAGAAAAAGAAACAUUGUAUUGUAAUUUUACCCCUGUCACAGGCAGUGAGGGUUCAGUAUGCUGACUUGGGCCAUUGCAGAUUGAAAUGCUAAAUUAACACUGAGACAACUGCCCCAUCUGCAAGGACAGCACUGUGAUGGACAUACAAAACAAACUGUUGAAGCUAAUAAUGCUUGCACUGAAAAUUACUUAUGGUGUGAUACUUUGAAGGGAGAAGUGUAACCAACUGAUAAAAAGAUUAUAUGAGUUAAUUAGAUUUAUAUGUGCAUUAAGCAACAUUAGUACAUAAUAUUUAGUAGAAUUUUUAAUGCCAGCUAGCAUUUUAUUUGAUUAUAGUUAGAAUGAUAGAAACCGUUUGAUAAACACUUGUGUAGAUUUAUUGAAGACAAUAUGAAAUGCUAUUACUAUAUUGUUUGGUAUAAAGAUAAAAAGGCAAUAUUAGUUAUCAAAAUAAAACACAUUUUACUUGAUUUUAA